AGCGCGCAGACGCAGCCGUUCUUUUGCGCGGUUGUCCUGUUGUAACGGGUGUACUGAACGGUUGAAGUGGUAGGUGUUCUCUAACGGUAGUAACUAGUAACCGCGCAAAUUGUUAGCGUUGCGGCUGCUGCCAAAGGCAGCAUGCGAACGUUGCAUUUAGGAUCGGCAUCUAGGAUGACACUUGACAACGUCUUGCAGCCGUACUGGGACUGGGGUCAGUAUCAUCCUGCCGAGGCUCCUGCGUGCUUUACAAUUUCUGCGAACUUGACCAAAGAAUGGGAAAAGUACCUGAACAGCUGCGGUGUUUUGACGCCGCCCGGCGAGCACAGAAUACUGUCCGAGCGGCUCUUGCUUCGGGAGGCGCUGUGGAUGUUGCGCGGUACGAAAGAACUGUUCGCCUUUUCCUGGAAUGGGACAGAGUUUGUCGUCAACGAUAAUUUCAAGUUGACGCACCUUACCCAAGCAGCAGUGAAGAACUCGCUGGAGGAAGUGUGCCGCUGUGCGUCCUACGUAGCUCAUUUGCAGGACUUCAUUUCAGCGACUGCGGGUGUCGGAGAGGAGACGUCUGUGGUGACGCUUACUUACCAAGCCUUUGCGAACUCUAUUUCGGAGCAACUGGCGCCAUACAACAAACGCCUUGCGGAGAUUGAAAAAUUGCUCAUAAAGCAGGAGGAAACGUUUACGCUUCUGAUGCUGUUUAGGGACAUGCAUUCUUAUUUUGAGAGUGUGAGGCAUAUGCAUGACAUUUACAGCUGCAUUCUGCCGAGUGAUUCUACAACCAGCCCCGUGCAGAGCACAGUCAAGCUGCUCUGUGUUCUCGAGCGGGCCUUAGAAAGUGCCACAGUUUUAAGUCAACACAGAUCGCAAACGGUCAGCUUGUACUUGGAUACAUUGAAACCCUUCAUUGACUUUGUCGAUGAGCUGAGCAGCACUGGAAAGCUAACUGAUCCGUAUCAAGAGUUCCCUAUCAGACGCGCUCGUGAUGUUACGUUUGAAGACCCGACAUACUGGAAGACAUCUCUCUAUGUAUGCAAUUCAUACUACUUGAAUACUAUCAUGGGAUCGCACUUACUGCCACUCACAUCAGCAGGCAAAUCGAUUGAGCACCUGAUGCAUGCAAUGCAGAGCAAGAACGUUGUACAGAAGAGUAUUCUGGGGACGCUAUACACGUCCAUUAUCAGCAACAUACCUUGCUCUGCAAGCAAAGUUGAAAAUGAGGCAAACCAAGCCGCAACUUUGACAAACGUUUCAGAGCUAUUUGAGAAAAUAAAUCAAUGGACUAAGCAAAUUGGUUUCUUUGACCUGACUCACGUGGCCUCCGAGAACAUGUUGGUGAAGACGGGUAGCGUAACAUGCAAUUUGACCUGCACACUGUAUCAAAUUCAGCAAGCUGUCACAACUGCGGUGACGGAAAGGUGCCGUCGGAACAGUGCCAAGUUCCUGCGUUACCUCCAAUCUGAUUGCGAGCUUCCCAAACAGAUUGACACCGUUCAUAGUCAUUUCCUUAUGUUUGCCGGUGAAGUCAUGCACAUGUUCACCUUUGAGGUGUUCAUGAAGCUUUUGUCAGACACUCCAGAGACCUGGCAGAGCUUGUCAUUCUUGAACUUUGCCCUCCAGGAAGCACUGUCUUGUCACUCCCGACCUGUUUCUUUCUUAAAGAAGUUGAGCAUGAGACUGAGAGGGAGCUUUGCCAAAGCACCCCUGGAAGGUUUUGACAAUAUUGUCCUUCGCUAUGAUGUGGCCUGGCCAAUGUCGAUUGUGUUGACUGAAACCACCCUCGAUUUGUACAACCGGAUCUUCGUCUUCCUCUGCAAGGUGAAAUGUGCCAAGUUUGCUCUUGAAGAACUUCAUUUCCAGGAGCUCCACAAGAGUUGUGUCAAGGAGACAAUGGCCACGAUGCGGGUUGCUCACUUUCUCCAGUUUCUGAGAUUUCAAGCACUAACCUUCCUCAACUCCUUCCAUGCAUGUCUUAUGCAAGAAGUCCUGCAUAGCAGUAAAUUAGCCUUUGACAAGGAACUAGACAGUGCUGCAGAUCUAGAUACAGUCAUCAAGUGCCACGAAGGCUUCGUUGCCAAAGUGUUUCGUCAGUGUCUGCUGAGCGACCAAUUCAAUCAGCUACGAGAACCAUUGCUCUCUUUUCUCAAGCUUUGCAUCAAGUUUCAUGUCCUCUGGAACAGAGGUGUGGAGAAUAUACGUUUGUCUGAAGUCAAAAGCAUUCACAACGGCUUCGUAUGCCACCAUGCUGAUUUCAAGGCCACAGCGAUAGCAUAUGUGAGGCGAGGGUAUGCAGACUCGUCGCCGUUGUUAACAUUCUGUCUUGAUACACCCUAUUUACGCGCUCUAUCAAUCGACGGUUCCUAACCUUGUAGACAUUCUCUGCUUCCUAUAUAAUAAUUGAAAUGUUCUAUGUAUUCGACUGUCUUCCUACAUAUUGUACAGGCAUUUAAUCCUGUGUUUAAUGAAAACAACCUUCAACUUUCCCAUUUUCUAGUAAUAUAAUAAAUGUAUCUGGGAUGUUCUCAUGCCACAU